CUGGAUGUAGUAACUUCAUGGAGAAAUAUGGAGAACUGAGUUAUUUUGGAUCCAAAUCAUGAGUCUUAAAAGGAACAAAAACGAAAGCCCUGGCUGACUAAGGAACACUACCGCUCUGACAGAUGCCUUUGAUUGGAUAAUCGUGGAGGACACUUGUGCCUGUUAUGUCAAUAUCAGACACUGCAGGAUAUUAUGAUCAGGAUCUUAGCUGUUACACUGCGACGUCAAAUCAACUCGACGAUUUUUAAACCACAGAAGUCGAAAAUCACGUUUGGUUAUGAAGGAGUAUUUCGCCAAUUUCGACCUGGAGGACGACAGCGAUCGUUUUGUUACUGUGCAUCUGGACCUAUUAAAGCUGCUGACGAUGCAGUGGAGUAUCCUUUAGAGUUGAACCCACCUCCAGCGUUUAUAGCUGAGAGAGACAUAUUAUUUGACAGGCUGAAGGCAGAGUAUGAUGUCAAAAUUGAAGCCAAAGAGAAGACACCUAUCAAGAUCACAUUACGGGAUGGUAAAGUAGUAGAUGGACUGGCAUGGAAGACUACACCAUAUGAAAUUGCAAGCUCCAUCAGCCAAGGGCUUGCUGAUAACACUGUUGUUUGUAAGGUUAAUGGUGAAGUUUUUGACUUGGAUAGAGUCUUGGAAGGAGAUUGCACCCUAGAAUUUCUUAAAUUUGAAGAUGAUGAAGCCAAAGCAGUGUUCUGGCAUUCUAGUGCACAUAUCAUGGGUGAAGCAAUGGAGAGACACUAUGGAGGUCAUCUGUGUUAUGGGCCGCCGAUAGAGGAGGGUUAUUACUAUGACAUGUUCUUGGAUGGAAGGCAGGUGUCCUCAAAUGACUAUUCUUCUUUGGAUACUUUAACGAAAAACAUUGUGAAGGAGAAACAGCCUUUUGUAAGACUUGAGAUAUCAAAGGAAGACCUCUUAGUGAUGUUUAAGUACAAUGAAUUCAAGUGCAGGAUUAUAAGGGAAAAGGUGAAAACACCAACUACCACUGUGUACAAUUUAUUUCCUGCAGCCAAAGCAGUGUUCUGGCAUUCUAGUGCACAUAUCAUGGGUGAAGCAAUGGAGAGACACUAUGGAGGUCAUCUGUGUUAUGGGCCGCCGAUAGAGGAGGGUUAUUACUAUGACAUGUUCUUGGAUGGAAGGCAGGUGUCCUCAAAUGACUAUUCUUCUUUGGAUACUUUAACGAAAAACAUUGUGAAGGAGAAACAGCCUUUUGUAAGACUUGAGAUAUCAAAGGAAGACCUCUUAGUGAUGUUUAAGUACAAUGAAUUCAAGUGCAGGAUUAUAAGGGAAAAGGUGAAAACACCAACUACCACUGUGUACAAGUGUGGGCCACUGAUUGACUUGUGCCGAGGACCUCAUGUAAGGCAUACUGGAAAGAUAAAGGCUAUGCAAGUCACUAAGAACUCUGCUACAUACUGGGAAGGAAACUGUGAAGCAGAAUCUCUUCAGAGACUUUAUGGAAUCUCAUUCCCAAAUGAUAAACAGAUGAAAGAAUGGAAGAAGUUUCAGGAGGAGGCUGCAAAAAGAGACCACAGAAAAUUAGGAAGGGAUCAUGAACUGUUCUUCUUCCAUGAGUUGAGUCCUGGCAGCUGUUUCUUUUUACCAAAAGGAGCUCAUAUCUACAACAGUCUUAUUAACUUCAUCAAGGAAGAGUACAACAAGCGAGGAUUCCAGGAAGUUAUUUCACCAAACAUUUACAGUACCAAGCUGUGGGAAACAUCAGGUCACUGGCAGCAUUACUCAGAAAACAUGUUCUCUUUUGAGGUGGAGAAGGAGCGCUAUGCUUUGAAGCCCAUGAAUUGUCCAGGACAUUGUGUAAUGUUUGAUCACCGUCCCCGGUCAUGGCGUGAACUUCCUCUAAGGAUGGCUGACUUUGGAGUUCUCCAUCGUAAUGAACUGUCUGGUACACUGACUGGACUGACCAGGGUGAGAAGAUUCCAACAGGAUGAUGCCCACCUCUUCUGUAGACCAGAUCAGAUUGGUGAUGAAAUUAAAGGCUGCCUGGAUUUCCUCAAAUUUGUCUACAGCAAGUUUGGUUUCUCCUUCAAACUUUUCCUGUCCACAAGACCUGACAAGUACAUGGGUAAACUGGAGCUGUGGGACAGUGCAGAGAAGGAACUGGAAAAGUCUUUGAAUGAAUUUGGAAUGCCUUGGACAUUGAACCCAGGAGAUGGAGCAUUCUAUGGACCAAAGGUACAGUAAGUUGAUAGCUUUAUAGCCCAUCAGGCCAGUGCUUAUCUCUGGUUUCUGUAGCAUGAGUUGACUAGGAGUAUUUCUACCCACCCCCCUACCCCUCUUAGAUGGGAUGCUAGCCCAUUGCAUGGUUACCCCCAAGUAUUAAAUUCACAGGUUCCCAUUAUUUUAUACACCUGGGUGGAGAGAGGCACUGUGAGAGUAGAGUGUCCUGCCCAAGAACACAACAGAAUGUCACCAGCCAGGCUGAGGGGCCUCGUCUACUUGAAAACUUGAAACUGCUUUAUUUAAAAUGCUAUUGCUUAAAUCCUUAAUGCCUAGGUGUGGAUUACGUCAGUGCAAAAAAGUUUUUCUUUUCACUGACACCUAUCUUCUCUUUGCUAAGUGGCACAUGAGAUAAUUCUUUUAAUUCCGAGAAAACAAGUCUACUUUCCC